AACGUCAUUACGUACGACAAUUGUAAACACAUGGAAAAUUCUGCGGCAACCUUGAGCCAGGUGAAAGUAUUUGGAAAACCGAACGCCAUCGAGCUUAGUGCCAUCUUGGACGUGACGCAGGAAAUAGAACCACCCGUCCAUCUACAGCUGUUUGUGAAACGAUGCAACCUACAAAAGGAGGCCUGCGAAACGUACGAACACAUCUCCAUGGAAGAUAUAUGCUCGAAGAUCGAGAGCAACCCGAUACUGCAUAAAUAUAUGGACAUCUUUACACCUGCGCUAAGCUGUCCACUGAAAAAGGGACGUUACGUGGCAGAUAAAUCGGAGCUAAAGUUGCAGAUGCUGGAAAUGUUCCCGAUCGAGAACGCGUUCUGGCAGAUGGAAUUCCGCUUCCAGAAUAAACACAACCAGACUAUGCAGUGCGAUUUUGUCGAAAUCGCUGUGACGGACAAGCAGUAA